GAAGAUUGACAUCUGACAAACAUCACUCAAAAGCCAACAAUAAAUUUUCAAAAUUAAUAAUAAACAGUCAAACCAUGACUGAAACACUCAAUGUAACAUGAAAACAAAAAAAUGUCACGUCGAACCAACCCCUGAACCUCCCCCGCCCGAUCCGUGUAAAAUACAGAAGCGCAAACAGCUCGAAAAAGCUGGAGUAAAGAUUUGUGAGAAACCGCCCAUUCCGCAGCCGUCACCGCCACCAGAGUGCACCGCUAUCUGCAUAGAAAAGGUAAAGAACCCUCCCCUUGCUGUAAGAAGUCACGACCUGCCUGUAGUGUGCGAAGUCGAGCGCCAGAGAACGGGAACCUCCAGGUGUGACGACAUAGAGGCCGCGGUCGCAGCGCAUCCUGACCUACCCUGGCCCGGCUGCCCACCCACACCCACUAUUCCUCCACCGCCUACCCCCGACCCCUGCGAGGAGCAAGCCAAACGAUACAAGCUAGAAGAGUGUAGAGAAAGAAUGAAAAGAUAUCGAGAAUAAGAUGGACCCCUGCAAGACCCCAAAAACGAAAACGUCGAAGGAGAAAUGUAAAAAUCCUUGCCAAACAAAGAAACCGUUCUUUGAAAACAUUUUGGAUAGAUUUCGAAGUAAGGAGAAAAAUUGUCAAACGACAGGUAAGAAAAGAUCUAAUAUAAAUUUUGAAAAGCGCAUUGCGAAGCUAGAGAAUCUGAUAAAGAAGCUUCAAAACGAGAUCUGUGAACUGUCGACGAAUGCGGAGACCUCUAUGAAGGAGAUGCAGAUGGCCAACCGCGGCUCGUCCGAUACCCCUUACCUGCCGGUGCAGGGUUCCGGCGCAAGCGCGUACUCCUGCACGCCGUGUCAAGUGAAGACCAUAAUAGUCAAAGAUAUUAAUUUCACACGUGAAGAUAUUGAAAAAAUAACCAACAAAAUCCCUGAAUUACAAAAUCUGUUCGAUUUUGAGGAAUCCUGUUGUUCUUCAGAAUCGAGAAAUAAUACAAGUGAAGAUUUAGAUAAAGACGAUUAUGAUAACGUAAUGGAGGAAGAAGUUGACAAAUUAAUAUAUGAACUUAAAUCUGAAAUCCGUAACAAACUUGGAUCCACGAAAGGCAGCGGACCAAAAAUAACUGCUUCAAAAGAUGAAAUGGAAUGAAAACUCACAUAUACUAAUAGUAAUAGAAGAGUUGUUGUUUUGCUAUAUUUUGUUAUGUAAAUUAUGACAAAGCCUUUGAAAUAAAUUUAAAAAAAAUCUCAAAUUC